CGCUCGUCGCUUGUUGUCACAGACCCAUGGACGCCAGGGAUGAGCAGAGGUCGACCGAUGAUAGAGAGCCUGUAGGGGCUCAGUUUACGUCGAUGCCGUCCUCGGUGGCGACAGAUAACGCGGUAGGCAACAGCGCUGCUGCUGCUGCUGCUGCUCCACCUGCUUGUGCCGUCGAGGGGGAGACGUCGAGGCGAUCCGAAGUUGAUCAGGCUAGUCACCCUCUGGCUGUUCCUGAAGCACCUCGACCUACCUCGGGGCCUCUCGACGACAAUGAAGGUCCUUCGUCGGAGCCCCUCCGUUCGAUUCGUCUCGCGGACUUAACGAGCAGACACGACGCCGAUGACCAGGACGCCAUCGCCCGGGCGGCGGUCGCAGCCAACAGCGCCCCAGCAGGGGCUGCUGGCGUACAGCAACCCGUCCAAGGGGCGAGCCGCAACGAAGCUAUCGCAGUCAGGCGACACUUGAUUCGAGAUGCAUGGAAAGGCUUCAGCAGUCUGACGAGGGGCAGGAAGUGGAUCUUUAUCUUCAAGCUGCUCAUCAGUCUUGCUCAGGUUGUCGCUGGCAUUGUUGUCCUCGCCCUGCCCUCUUCCCUGGGCGACUCGUACUCUGUCCCAGAGACGUGUGAUCCCGAGGGCAUGUUUGUCUUUCUCACCCUGCACAUCGUCCGCGUCGCCCUCUGCCUCCCCAUCGACUUCUACCUUGGCCUGUCGCCCCACCAUACUCCACGAGCGCGCCGUGCCGGUGCUGAGGGCCAGCUGCGACGCGAGCAGAAUCGCGCCCUUGGCUCGCUCGCCCUCGACCGCAAGCUGAGCCGGCUGGGCGACCUCCUUGGCUUUUGCCACGUCGUCCUUUUCAUUGUGGGAAACUAUGUCACCUGGACCAGCAUCGAAUGUGCACACAGGCCGGCCGACAGCCGUCCCCUCUGGUUCACCUGCAUCAGCAUGCUGAGCAUCAGCUACGCCAUCAUCGUUGAGGUUCUUCUCCUUGUCUUUCUGGUCAUCUUCUUCCUGCCGACUUUUGUCGCCAUCAUGCGAGCACUUGGCCUUGGUCACCGGAUUCCUCAGAGGCGCAUACAUCCCGAGACGGGCAAGGUCACGCAGAAGCUCGUCGACGAAAAGAGCAAGCUUGUCUACUUUACUCCUGCAGAGAAAGCUAGUGGCAGCGACGACGGUGGGCUGCACCUCAGCAACGCAAACGACAGCCGAGUGGAGCUCGAGAGGAAGGUGGAUGUGCAAAGUCCAACGGAGACCGUUCCCGUCGAAGCGUUGCAGACGAAGUUGCCCUCCUCAAGAAGGACCUCGGUUGACUUUCAGUCCUCGAGUGCCGCAUCACGAUCAGACUCGUCUUCGAGGAUAAAAGAUGACGAUAGCAUCAUUGGGAAAGCUGCGGGCAGAAAGCGUCUCGGUCUUCUCCUUGGAUGGACGAGAGAGGCGCGCGGAAGGGGAACGAGAAAGCCUAAUGACGACAAGUCAGCCAACAGUCUGGCCGAAGCGUCGACAUCUACACCCAAGCUCAAGUAUCCCUUGUAUCCGCUGCCUGCACAUCGAGCGACCUGUCCGAUCUGCCUCUGCGACUUUGAGGAGGUCGACCCGUCCAACGAACUGGCCCACGAGCAACCGCAAAGGAAGAAACUAUCGUCUCCGCGUGCUGCCAAGACUGAAGCCGAUGCGCAGGAGGAGGCUGCUCAGGAGGAGCAGGAACCGGAGCCUUUGCGGCUCAUGGCGUGUGGCCACGUCAUGCAUCGGAGCUGCGUCGAUCAGUGGCUGACGACCAUCAGUGGUCGAUGCCCCGUCUGUCAGCGACCAGUCGAUGACGAGGACGAGCAACGACGGCAGCAAGAGCAACAGCAGCUGCAGCAGCAGCAACCGGGGGGAACCCAUGCCGAGCUCUGAAUAGGUACUUUGCUUUCUUCCAACAGCACUUCUCACUUUUCUCUCUCAUAUACGAUCUCUCGUCACCUUAUCAUGUAUUGUAUUCCAGAGAAGUCGACAUCCCUCUCAGCUUUCAGACUAUCAACUGUAGACCUUUUGCACUGUUCGC